CGCGUUUGUUCACAAUUGAAAUGGCACUCGAUUCACCAAAGGAAAUCCCAGAGCUUGAUAAGCCUGAACAACAGAAUUUUGUCAAGUUCUUCCGAGCUUUGCCUGAGAAAGAAGAAGGUACAAUAUACCUCUUCGAGCGAGAUGCAAAUCAAAGAAGAUAUUACACCUUGCAUGGUGAAGACGCAGUCUAUAUUGCGCAAGCCGUGUACAAAACCACUUCGGCUAUAAAGUACUGGGGAGGUGCCGCUCCAAAAGGAUUAGCAACAACGAGUUUGACUCACAGCGCGGCUGAAUCGUUCUUGCGAGACGCGCUACUUAACAAACAACUGAGAAUCGAGAUUUGGGCUCCUAAAAAAGGAACUGGUCAAUGGAGUGUCAUCCGGAAGGCUUCUCCUGGCAACUUGCAAGAUGUAGAGGAUUAUUUGUUUCUCAAUUCAAAUCUGACGUCUGCUCCUGUUGUCAUGGCGGUCAAGCUGGCAGCUACUGCAGAGCACAAGAUUGUCGGCGUUUCCUUCGCCGAUGCGUCUGUACGAGAAAUUGGUGUAUCCGAAUUCGUAGACAAUGAACUGUAUUCUAACUUUGAGUCGUUGCUUAUCCAACUUGGUGUCAAGGAAUGUAUUAUACCACAAGAUGAGGCUCAUAAAGACUAUGAACUCAUUAAGCUCAAGGGUGUAUUGAGUCGCUGUAAUGUUGUGGCUACUGAACGCAAAAGAUCUGAUUUCAAUACCAAGGACAUUGAGCAAGAUCUCAAUCGCCUUUUAGACGGUGAAAUAUCCGUCGCUGCCCUUCCUGAAUUUGAGAUGAAGAAUGCAAUGGCCUCUUGUGCAUGUCUAGUCAAAUAUCUAUCGAUCCUUUCAGAUGAAACGGCUUUCGGCAAAUACACCCUCAAGCACCAUGAUCUCUCACAAUACAUGCGUCUAGAUGCUUCAGCACUUCGAGCGUUAAAUUUGAUGCCUAGCCCUCAUGAUGGAGCUUCAAAGACGAUGAGCUUGUUCGGUUUGUUGAACAAAUGCAAAACAGCGCAAGGAUCCCGACUUCUUGGACAAUGGCUGAAACAGCCGCUUCUUGACAUUGAUAGUAUUCGUGAAAGACAGGAUCUGGUUCAGAUCUUUACUGAAGAUACAGAGAUCCGCCAGUCAGUGCAAGAAGACCAUUUGAAGAGUGUGCCCGACAUGCAUCGAUUAGCUAAGCGAUUUCAACGUGGAUUUGCUUCCCUUCAGGAUGUCGUUCGAAUAUACCAAGUUAUUAUCAAACUACCUGGAUUGCAAGCGUGUUUGGAAGGUUACAGUGGCGAAGACGAGUUCAAAUCCCUUGUAGACAAGGUGUACAUCAGUAAAUUAAAGGAACAUGCUAAAAACCUGGAAAAACUACAGGAAAUGAUAGAAACUACGAUCGAUUUGGAAGCGGUUGCUGAGCACGAGUUUAUCAUCAAAGCUGACUUUGAUGAGGACCUGUUAGAACUACGACAGCAGAUCAACGAAGCACGAGCACGCAUGGAUAAAGAGCAUUUGAAGCUGGCGGACAAAUUAAACCUUGACGCUGACAAAAAACUCAAACUAGAAAAGCAUAACAUAUAUGGAUACUGCUUCCGUAUCAGCCGAGCGGACUCUGGCGCGAUUCGAAACAAGAGUGAAUUUAUAGAGUACGCGACACAGAAGGCCGGUACAUACUUUGCAACAACCAGCCUGAAGGAACUGAACAACACCUGGACAGAUCAUUCCAAUCAGUAUGAGAAGAAACAGAAUUCGCUAGUUAAGGAAGUUAUUGGCAUUGUUGCAACUUAUUGUCCCAUCAUGGAGAGCUUAGGUAGCCUUAUUGCUCAUUUGGAUGUCAUUGUUAGCUUUGCUCAUGUUUCUGUGAUGGCUCCCAUACCCUAUGUUCGCCCUACAUUGCACCCGAUAGGUGAAGGAAACGUCUUGCUUGAGGAAGCGCGACAUCCAUGUCUGGAAGUACAAGACGACGUGGCGUUUAUACCUAAUGAUGUUAAACUUGUACGAGAUGAAUCAGAAUUUCAGAUCAUAACAGGUCCUAAUAUGGGUGGCAAAUCUACAUACAUUCGUCAAAUUGGCGUGGUCGCUCUUAUGGCACAAAUUGGAUGCUUUGUUCCGUGCUCCGAGGCAACCCUCACCAUCUUUGAUUCAAUUCUUGCCAGAGUCGGAGCAGGUGAUAGUCAACUUAAAGGUGUUUCAACGUUUAUGGCAGAGAUGUUAGAGACGGCAACCAUCUUACAGUCGGCGACGUCCAAGUCACUUAUCAUCAUUGAUGAGCUGGGCCGAGGUACAAGCACUUACGACGGAUUUGGCCUGGCUUGGGCUAUAUCAGAAUACAUUGCCACCAAGAUCAAAGCGUUCUGUUUGUUCGCCACGCAUUUUCAUGAACUUACCGCCUUAAACGAGAAGGUUCCACACGUUCGAAAUUUAAAUGUUGCCGUUCAUGUUGGCGACCAUAAUGACGGGGGUGUCAGGGAUAUCACUUUACUGUACAAAGUCAACGAGGGUGUUUGCGACCAAAGCUUCGGUAUCCACGUCGCCGAAUUGGCUCGAUUCCCUAGCACGGUAGUACGACUUGCCAAGCGAAAAGCAGAUGAACUUGAAGACACCGGUAUCGCAGCAAAUGAUGAACCUGUGACCAAAUUCACUAAAAUGGAAGUUAACCAAGGAAACGAGAUUGUACAGCAAUGUUUGAGAGAGUUUGGCUCUGACGACAUUGAGAACAUGGAUGAACAAGCUUUGUCUCAGCGACUGGACACCAUACGCAACAAGUAUAGCCGAGAGAUAGAACAAAAUGCUUAUUUGAGAGACCUUUUAGCAUAAAAGAACCAGAAUUACUUUUCUACAAAGACUGUUUUUUUGGGCAUGGUCAUACACAAAUAUCAAACGUUUA